AUGGCCAGCGAGCAACCAGAGCGUAGAAGAUCCAUCAUCCACCGCAGCCGCAAACAAUCAGCCCAGGAAGAAGCUCCUACUGAGCCAGCUAAGCCUUUUGUUCCGCGAGUAGCAGCCAAACAAUUCGCCAAUACCACAACUCCACUCAAAGAAAAGACCGAUGCAGCAUCAGCCUCCUCACACCAGGCACCCGAGCCUAAACCCAGAGAAGUCAAAGUCAAAGAUACAUCCAAGAAGCACGUCCUGGACUGGAGCGAGCCCGCCAUUCAUAACAAGCCUGCCUCACCACCGCUUCCAUCAACAUCUGAAUUUCCCGAUGCAGAAAGAACUCAGGUCCGCAUGCAUGCUCUCCAUGCCUUCCGCGAUGCUUCAAAAGCAGGCCGACCCAGACCCCUCAGCACAGCAUUAGAGAACAUGCGCGAAUGGGAUGCUGUUGACAAUGUCUACUCGAAACCUUCCAAACCCAUUCAAGAAGAACCUUCAUCCUCAGCUGCUCAUAACAAUCCUUUCAACCGCCCAGUCCUCAGGGCUGCAGAUCGUCAUGAUUGGGCUCAGGGCAGCCAGUGCGGUGACAGUGCACGACAGUCUCUGCAUCUUUUCCGCAAGAAGGAUUCAGCACAUGAAGAGGCCGAAAUGGCAGGUCUCAGGGCUAGUAUGAGACCUUCGCCUAAACCCAGACAGAAGAGUCAUGGAGAUGCUUCUGACCGUCUUAUCAAUGAUGCUGUGAAGCAAAUCAGAGAAGAACGCAGGAGAAGUAGUUUAUUCAACAUCUUCAGAAGACACUGA